AUGGGUAGUUGCGCAACAAAAAAUUAAGAAAAUGAAGUUUCUCUCCCUUCUAAUCCUAGAUUAUAAAGGGCUUACUAAGUAUAAUAAAUUUGAUUUGAUAGUAAUAUUCAUAAAUCAUCGAAAUUACUCACCCUCUCAAUGUUAAUCAAAAAUACAAUAGUUACUUUACUUUGAUUCCUGAUUAAUUUAUUGGCACAGGAAUAAAGAAGACAAAUCAAUAUGAAUCUCGUCUCUCUAAAGAAGAAUGGCAAUAAAAAAGAGUGGAAUUUUGGGGUAUAUAUAUAUCUAUUUGAUGUAUAGAUUCAAGAAUAGAGGGAUAGAAGGAAAAUUGGACUACAAUAAAAGCUGCAUUGGAAGCUGAUGAAGGUACAAAUUAUAGCAAAUUAGGAACUGCAAAAACUCUUUUGUAAGCUGCUGAUUUAAAGCUAAUCAAAAAUAGUAUGUAAAUUGUAUUUGAUAAUCAUGGUAUUAUAAUAAAAAAUCAAUUAUGUAGGUUAAAAAUAUGAUUUACCAGUUUUUGUGAUGCAUAAUCCUGUUUCUUUCCCAUAGAAACAAUCUUAUGAUUAAAAUCUUUACUAAAGUUUUGAUCGUAAGAUUGUUAAGGUAAAUUUGAAUUAUUAUAGUCUAGUUUAAAGUAAGAAGUACAAAAUGGAACAUUGAUAAGGAAGUUUCUUACAAUACAGGAGAUAAGGUCGAAUCAUUAAUAAAAGAAUUAUAAUCAAAAGAAGAAUCUUAAAAAAUGAAACUAUUUGUUAAUGGUAGAGAAAUGAGAGGCCAUAACAUGUUUGGAAAUUAUGGUGUCCAAGACAAUUCUGUAUAUAUUCAAACUAUCCUCUAUUAGGUUGUACAAGCAUUUAUGUUCUGA